AAAUUGGAGUUGUCUCAAGGAAGAUGACUUUACAAAGUGGAGUUUGCACGAGGAAGAGGACUCUUUAAAAUUGAGAUUUGAGUGAGUGGGGCUCUACAAUACACAGUUUUUGGUACACCGAGGGCUGCAUUGUGUGGAUUAGGCAGAGAGAGAGAGAGAACUGCUUUCUCCGGUGAAGUCACAUACAGGUGAGCUGCACAGUAAGCAGAUGGUUUCCUGUAGUCCACUCAUGAAAAGGGGCUCUGAAAGUUGAUCUCACAAAGUUCAAGAGUAUGAGAUGGACACGGCUUAAGCAUCAGUCCGAUUUGAAGAACAGAAGCCCUGCUGUGGACCCUCAGUACCCAUUUGAGGAGACAGGCUUGCCAUGGCUUCUGGGGGGAAUAACGAAGAUGACACAGAUCAGGUGGUACCGGAAGACAGCAGGGCCAAUAUCAGGGACAUUCAGUCCCACUAUCUACGCUGUCCUUCCCCCAGCAGGUUCUCAGCGAUUUCAGAAACGGAGACCAUCUUCCUGGAACCCAUUCACCUCUCGUCUGCAGUGGCUGCCAGAAAGAUUAUCCGUGAGGAGCUGAAGCCACGAGCAAUCAAGGUGAAGCCAGUUCCAGAGAGCAUGCUCGAGUCAGCCAGGCAGCUAAUGGUGGAGGAUCUGUACAACCGUGUGAAGGACAUGAUGGAUGACACCAGCUCUUACAACACCCCCUGCGUGCUGGACAUUCAGCGAGCCAUGGUGCAAGACCGACUGGAGGCACCCUUCAACCCCGCUGAUGAGGUGUGGCCCAGCAUCUUCAUUGCUGAAAAAACUGUAGCGGUUAACAAGUCACGCCUGAAACGGAUGGGAAUCACCCACAUAUUGAACGCAGCCCAUGGUACAGGUGUAUACACGGGCAAAGGUUUCUACAAGGACAUGAACAUCCGAUACCACGCCGUUGAGGUGGAUGACUUCCCAUAUGUGGACAUCUCUCCACACUUCCGCAAGGCCGCUGAGUUCCUGGAUGAGGCCCUGCUAACACAUAAGGGAAAGGUGCUGGUGAACUCAGUCAUGGGAAUCAGUCGCUCGGCAGUUCUUGUUGCUGCCUACCUCAUGAUCUUCCAUCACAUGACCGUCAUGGAGGCCCUGCUGGCACUGCGUAGGAAGCGGCCCAUCUGCCCUAACGAGGGCUUCCUGAAGCAGCUGCGCCAGCUGAACGAAGCCCUGCUGCAGGAGAGAGACGAGGACGAGCAGCACAGCGAUACUCUCAGCCAGGGCUCUGCUAUCGAGGCAGACGCUAGCCAGGAAGAGGGACGGAGUGUCCUGGGUGCCGAAGCACUUUCCACGGUCGCGGACGAGGAGGAGGAUGGCAAGAGUGAGACGAGCAGUGCGGCACCCGUAACCCAGAGGCGUGCCCUGGCAGAACACGACCAGCAGAGGGAGGACCAGGCCCCAACUCUGCCCAAUGAGCAGGAAGUAGAAGAUGACAACAAGCGCACGAUCCGCGAGUGGCAGCAAAGGAACGAGAGGUACCGGAGUGAACACUGGUGGCGGGCACAGCUACGGAGAGAACAUGAGGAGUCACUCCCGGCAGGAAGCUGCCACCACCUUCCAGAGGAUUUGGAGAGUGUCUGCAGUGUAGACGUCCAGGCCCUGAAGGAACAGGUGGGCACCAGAGGGAUGGGCCGCCACACACAGCCAGACCCCGUAUCCACUGUAGAAAGCACCUAUGCUGACAUGGGGAGACAGCGACUCAGAGAGACUGAAAAGGAGGCUACUAACAGAUACAGCAGCAGACACCAGGGUGAGGGCGACAUGACUAGGACCAAGUGUGGGCAGGAGGAUGAGAAGAGUCUACUCUCAGAGACUAGCGCACUCUACAGGUCCUGUGUGAAGAAUAAGGACACACUGACACCUCUUGAGCGAUGGCGUGUGAGGCGGAUCCAGUUUGGCUGGAAUAAGAAGGACACAGACACAGAGACAAGCAUUAAUGAUGAGCAGGAUGACAGUGAAGGGGAGGAGAUCAAGGUAUCUGUGCUGGAAGACGUUGACCUCACAGCCUACCAGACUUGGAAACUGAAACAGCAAAAGAAGAUGGGAGCGGAAAAUAAGGAUGAGACCAUGGAGCUCAGCACAGGUCAGGUCACUGACGCGGACAACAAAUGCAGCACCUUGUUCAAAAAGAAGAAAACGAAAAAGGGAAGUGAUGAGGAUGAUGAGGACCAAAGUACGGGAAUUUCAAAGACCGAAAGCAAAUACAACCCGGCCUUUGUCAGUGAAAGACUGGAUACACCAUCUGGCCUCACAGGGAGGCCCAGUUGCUCUGUCAUUGAGAGAAAUCAGAUCAGCAGAAACAAUGGCUGCUGUUGGCAGAGAGACAUUAAAACUCCUUCCAUGCACCCCGACAGCCUAAAUGCUGAGGGUGCGAGGCCUCGAAACUCCAAACACUCCUCAUUUAAAGAGCAGGCCACAGAGUGCUCAUUUGCUAGGGGACAACAGGAACAUGAAAGGAAAUCAAGAUUUCACCCAAGAGCUGCAAGGCAGCUGCCAUCAUCCAGUCAAUUCCAAACUGGUGGCAUAAAUGGUGAAUCUCAGCCAGAUCCUUAUUCAGAACGUCUACACCACCCCAGGUUGCUCCCAGCAGAAGACUUCUUGUCCAAUAGUCUGACAGAAUCCAAAAGCUACGCUAGAAUGCGGAGAUCUUAUACCACUGACGUGGAGGAGCAGGAGGAGAAGGAGGAGCUUCAAGACUACACAGUAAAAAGGAAGUUCAGACAUUACUCUGGACAUGAAGACAGCAACACUGACGUAAAGAGAGGAGGGCAAGUAAAGAAGGAAAAGGAGGAAGAUGGGCCUUCCAGCACAAGUCAGCAUAGGCUGAGGUCUACAACAAAGGCAGAUGAGGAUCAGGGUGGUGAUAUUACCACAAGAAGAUGAAAUUAUAUAAAACUGCUUGCAGCUUCUUGAAUGUAAAUCUUUCUUUCAUCUUCUGAAAGUAGAGAACCUCAUGAGUUUUGUUUGUUAGCUUGUUAUUUGGAAUGAAAACCUGAGGAACUGUGUGCAUAUUCAUUUGAGGUCCUUAGGUUUAUUGACAACACAAAGAGCAGCUGUAAGAUAGCCGUUAUCAUUUUCAUUCACUAAAUGGUAUUUGGGCACUAGUGAUUUACACCAUUUCACAUAAAAUUACCUUGAAAUGCCCAUAAAACUAAUUUCCUCUUAUAAUUUUUUUACGCACAAGUACAAGGGACUAAGACUGAUUUGAAAGCUUACAGAAGAAAACGUGUGAAGCACACAAACCCCAAUGUCCAUUUUAUAGACAACAUUUUAUAAUUACACAUUAUAUAUAAUGAAAUUGAAAUGACAACCUCACAACCUCAUUAACUUACACCUAUUCAUUCCAUUAAUGGAAAAUAUGACACAAAUAUAAUAGUUGCCUAUAGUUUUUUGCCUGUUUGGUUUCUCAAAUAUAUGUCAAUUACAAUUAUUUUUUUUCCCUCCUGUCUAUAUAAGAGGAAUCUAAGACCAGGUGGUCUACAUGGUUCAAAUGUUCUACUAACACAGCAUGAUUUAUGUGCAGAAUACAGUAGUCUUGUGUCAUGUUUAUACUUUAAUGUGAGAGGUUACAAUGGUAACAAUAAGGGAGUACUUUAUUUAUAACACUUCAUAAAGUGCAGGAAAUGGCACCAGGUGAAUAGGAUACUUCUUUAUUGGCCAUUUGUCUUGGGUUGUGUCAAUUGAUGGUAGUGUAUAGUAAAUUAGGGCAUGUUUUCUUUGCUGUAAUAUUCCAGGUAUAAAAGACAAACAGUGAACACGAGAUAUGACAUGAGCAUAAUAUUGUGCAUGUUUGCCAAGUAAAAGAACUUGGCAAACACUGACUAACCAUUGUUUAGAGAAUUUAAACAUGGUUAGAAUACUGAUGUUCUGUUAACAAAAA